AUGACAUAUUUCAACAGGAGCUCCUGGGGACAACAGCUCCUUCAGAUCCCAUAUAUCACAGCUCGCUUUGGCAGGCACUGCCUCCUAAAUCACCGGCUCCUUCAACUAGGUCGUGCGGUGGCAACAGCGAGACGUCUCGAUGACAUUCCUAUAAUCGAUCCCAGGUAUGGUCGGGGUGCGACGCGGAGCUGGCUGAGCGAGGCGGACAGCCUGACGACGGAGGGGUGGCCCCCGCCCAGCACCACCCCCAGCAGCGCCAGCUCCCCGGACUAUGGGGUCCCCAACGCCACCUCCAUCACCUCCACCACUUCCUGGCCCCUCGUCGAGCCAGAGGACUCCUACGCCGCGCUCGCCCUCAAGGCCACCGUCAUGGGCUUCAUCAUCAUGGCGGCCCUCUUUGGCAACCUUCUGGUCAUCGUCAGCGUCAUGCGCCACCGCAAGCUCCGCGUCAUCACUAACUACUUCGUCGUGUCCCUCGCCCUGGCGGACAUGCUCGUCGCCAUAUGGGCCAUGUGUUUCAACCUCAGUGUCGAGACGACCGGAAGAUGGCUCUUCGGCUACUUCAUGUGUGACGUCUGGAAUUCCUUGGACGUUUACUUCUCGACAGUGUCCAUACUCCACCUCUGCUGCAUUAGCGUAGACAGGUACUAUGCCAUUGUACAACCGCUUGACUAUCCGCUCAUUAUGACCCAGCGUAAACUGGUUAUCAUGCUCGCGGUGGUUUGGUGCUCCCCUGCUCUCGUGUCCUUCCUCCCAAUCUUCAUGGGAUGGUAUACGACUCAAGAACACCUGGAAUACAGGAAGUUGCAUCCCGACCUGUGUGAGUUUCUAGUGAAUAAACCGUACGCGGUGAUAUCAUCGAGCGUGUCGUUCUGGGUGCCUGGAGUCAUCAUGAUCUUCAUGUACUACAGGAUCUACAUCGAAGCGGAUAGGCAGGAGCGAAUGUUGUACAGGUAA